CCUGUCUAUAUACACGGCAAUCUUUUACCUUGAAAGUUGUGGAAGUAGCAUUUGCUUCAGGCAGUGAAACGUACAACACAUGGAUAUGCCGAUCAUUGUUUCGUUUACUUUCUAAUUUUAGUUUCACUUUUUAUCUUAUAGUCAGUACCGUGAGGUGCUGUAAUAUUUUUGUGAGGACAUUGUGACAGGUCAACAGCAACCAUGCCACGUCCACACAUCAAUGUUCGGGUCACCACCAUGGAUGCUGAGCUGGAGUUUGCCAUCCAACAUAGUACAACAGGCAAACAGCUCUUUGAUCAGGUGGUCAAGACAAUCGGCUUGAGAGAAAUUUGGUUCUUUGGUCUUCAGUACAUAGAUAGCAAAGGUUACAGCACUUGGCUUAAACUUAACAAAAAGGUGAUGAGCCAAGAUGUUAAAAAAGAGGUUCCACUUCAGUUUAAAUUCCGUGCGAAAUUUUUCCCUGAAGAUGUUUCAGAAGAACUCAUUCAGGAAAUAACACAGAAAAUGUUCUUCUUACAAGUCAAGGAAGCUAUCUUAACAGAUGACAUCUAUUGUCCCCCUGAAACAGCUGUGUUGUUAGCAUCUUAUGCUUGCCAGGCCAAAUAUGGCGAUCUUUCAGAUGAUAACCCUAAACCAGGUGCUUUGGCCAAUGACAGACUUCUUCCACAAAGAGUAUAUGAUCAACAUAAGUUAACCAAAGAACAAUGGGAGGAGAGAAUAAAAAGUUGGUACGCAGAACACAAAGCAAUGUUAAGGGAAGAUGCAAUGAUAGAAUACCUAAAGAUUGCACAGGACUUAGAAAUGUAUGGUGUUAACUAUUUUGAAAUUAAGAACAAAAAGGGAACAGAUUUACUUUUAGGUGUUGAUGCUUUGGGUCUUAAUGUUUAUGAGAAAGAUGAUAAACUAACACCAAGAAUAGGCUUCCCUUGGAGUGAGAUUAGGAAUAUUUCUUUUAAUGAUAAAAAGUUUGUUAUUAAACCAAUUGACAAGAAAGCACCAGACUUUGUUUUCUAUGCCCCACGUCUUAGAAUCAACAAACGUAUUCUAGCUCUUUGUAUGGGUAAUCAUGAACUGUACAUGAGGAGGAGGAAGCCAGACACUAUAGAAGUCCAACAGAUGAAGGCUCAAGCCAGGGAGGACAAACUGGCUAAACAGCAAGAAAGGGCCCAGCUUGCAAAGAUGAGACUGGAACGUGAAGAGUCAGACAAACUGAGAAAAGAUUUAGAAGAAAAGGUCAAAAUUAUGGAAGAGGAACAGAGGAAGCGAAUGAAAGAGCUUGAGGAUAUGCAGCAUAUGAUCAGAGAGAGGGAUGCUAAAGUUGCUGAACUUUCAAGGCUUAGAGAUGAGCUCGAUGAAGAGAGGCGACGUGCCGAAGAGCUGUCGCGAGAAAUUGAAAGGUCUCAUGAAAUGGAACAGUCGGAACGAGAGAGGCUGGCUGCAGAACUGGCCGCCACCCAGGCUUCCCUGUACGAGAGACUGAAUGAGAUUGAGUCCAAAGAAAGCAUUGUCUCCAAUCUGUAUGUAGAGCUGGACAGUGCCAAGAAGAGUGCAGAGGAGAAGGAGCUAGAGCUGAACAGGUUUAUGACCAUCAGUCAGCAGAGAGAGCAGGAACUCCAGGCCCAGUUGUUGGUGCGUUCUGAAAUGCACGAUCAACAUGAUGAGGGCGAGGAGAAUGAAGGAGAUGAUAAGAAAGAGUUUGAUGCUGAGCUGACUGUUGAUGAGAAUACCUUGUAUAUGCCAAGACCAGAAGAGUCGAGAGAGACACAGCAGAGUAAAGACAAGAGGCUUCAAGAACAGCUACGGGCCUUGAAAGAAGACCUAGACGCUGAGAAAACCAAACAAAACGCUAUAGAUCUAUUGCACCAAGAGAACAUGAGGCAGGGCAGGGACAAGUACAAGACAUUGAAGCAGAUCAGGCAGGGCAACACCAAGCAGAGAGUGGAUGAGUUUGAGUCCAUGUAAUCACACCUGGCCAUCUGUUUUUUGUGUCUAGUUUAUGCCAGUACGGUAUAAAGAUGUCUAGCCUACAGCCGUGGAAUGUUUUGUUUUGGGGGGCGGGAGGGGAGAUAGAAAAACAAUCUAUUGUCUUGUCAGCAUCAUCUUAUUUAUUAUCAUAAAACUUGUUCUAGUGUAACGGGAAUAUUUCGUGCUUUAUACUGUAAUGCCAUUGUAAGCAUCGCAUGUGAUGAGCUACAGGGCGUAUUUUGUACAUCUUUAUGGGGGGGUCUAUCUGUAUUUUUGUAUGAAACUAUUUAAACUCUUCUGUAGCCCAUCUCCAGUAAACUAGCCAUGUUUUUUUUUUUUUUACUUGACUGUAUUUGUUGAUACAAAAAUGACUUCAUGCCUAUUUUUCUCUUUCUUGACUGGAACUAAAUAAAGGUUUAUGUAAGAGC